GUUUAGGACGCUAUUUUUAAAAUGUCAACAUCCGGUUGAAAUGCAUGUUACUUCCGGGCAGCAUGGUAGAAUGGAAAAUGACAUUGAAAAGGAAGAUGUGGACUUCUUUAGAGAUACUCCAAUACGAUAUUUAGGUUAUAGUAAUGAAGUAGGAGAAGCAUUCCGAGCCCAGGUUCCUGUAAGAUGGGUCCACCUUAGUUACGUGGCAGCCAGUGGUUAUGUGGUGGCAGACGCUGUUCACAAAGGCUGGGAGGCUUCUCAGAAAUCCUGGGAAGAUGAGAGCAAGAGGAGAUCACGUGUCGGUUGGGCCGUGUUAGACACACUGAUCUGGCAGGGACUGGCCUCCGUCGCUAUCCCAGGAUUCACCAUUAACCGUAUCUGUAAGUUCUCUGGAAUACUGCUGAAGAAAUCCACUUCGUGGCCUGGUCCCACCAGGAAAUGGACCACCACCGCGGUGGGCCUACUCUCCAUUCCCUUCAUAAUAAAACCGAUAGAUAAGUCCGUGGAUUAUCUGAUGGAAAACACACUGAGGAAGUGGUACCAUAUGGGACCUGUGUUAGAAGAUCUGGUACAUCACAAUAGAAACGAGUGAUGCAUGUUAAGAAUUAUCAGCAUUAGGAGGAAAACUAAUCUGUAUCAUAAUUUUAAAAAUAUCAUCAGUAUUAGACUUUUAUAAAGGUAAUUUAGUACAUAUAUUAGGAAUGUUGAAAUCGAUUUAGUUAAUUUUAUGAUUAAAGACAAAUCUUGGUAUUGUCACAUGGUAAAUAAUUCCAUGUUAGCCCAUGAGGGUUUAUGCCCGCCAUACAUAUGAUACUCUAGUCUACAUACAUACUCAUUUGACUAAGCCUACUAACAUUCAGGUUGAUGUCUGUUGUAAUAAUGUUCAAAGGUUUUAAUCUUAAACUGUUUUGCUUCUCGAAGCGGAAAGGUUUAGCCGAGCGCAUACGUUCAACGACUUUACGGAGUUUAUGAUGGUAAAACACAAAUAAACACGGACGUGCAUCAGAUUGACCUGACGUGAUGGACAGUUGUCACUGUCAAUGUUUGAUCUAUUAGUCCAGGACAAAAGCAGUCUUGUUCAUGAACAAUUUUUUUUUGUUUAUAUCUUCUUCUUUUUAAAGAAUGUUUACUAUUUCACUUGUUUGUUGUUUUUUUUGUUUUGUUUUUUCUACAUUCAAAUUAUUAUUACACCCCCUCCUUCCCUGCUGCUGUUGUACUGAACAUUUAUCAAAGUAAUUAUGGAAGUAGAAAAUAUAGUUCUUCAUCCUUUGAAUACUUCUAGAAAUUCAAUUUUUGUCGUGUGUAUAUUUGCUUCUUCUGAUACAUAAACAACUGGGAUUGAUGGGGUAAAAAAUUCACAGAGAAAAAUAAAAUUUUAACAAGCAUAUCUAUAUACAUGUUUUUGUGGAUGUUUGUUGUUUCUUUCAUUUGUUGAUUAUUUCAUUUGUUAUUAUUUACAAUUUUAUUUUUCUUUGUUCAAUAAAGUGUUCAAUCUUAUUUAACGUUUUGACAAAGGAAAUAAAGGUAAUAUGAAAAGGAAAAAAAA